UAAAUAAGCCAGCUGCUCGGUACGGUCGUCACUUGUCUCACAGCACCACAACAACAAACAUGCUCCGCAGGAUUUUCGCCAUCGUUCUUCUGUGCCUCGCUGUAGCCUCCUUGGUUAGCGCCGGCAGAAUUGGCGGUGGCUACGGUGGUGGAGGAUUUGGCGGUGGCGGAGGAUUUGGCGGUGGCGGAUUUGGCGGUGGUGGUGGAUUUGGCGGUGGUGGAUUUGGAAGAAGAUAUGGUGGUGGCGGCGGUGGACAUGGAGGUGGAUUUGGAGGUGGUAAUGGAGGCUUCGGUGGCGGAUUUGGAGGUGGUCGAGGACGUUAUGGCGGAUACGGCAAGUAAACGAGUCUUCACUUCAACACACAAUUCGAAUUCUCUAUCUUCUAACUUUUCCAGUCAUUAAAAACUGUUAUCAAGUGAACAUUUUUUAUGUGUCGUCUUUAAUAUGAACAAUAAAUAUUUUUGGCAGUA